GUUUCCCGCCGGCGGGAGCCGUGGUUGAAGCUAAGAGAGGGGCUCGGAGCCGGUUUGCCAGACGCUGCAGCACCAUGGCGGACCAGCUUUAUCUGGAAAACAUAGACGAGUUCGUCACGGACCAGAACAAGAUCGUGACAUACAAAUGGCUGAGCUAUACCCUAGGGGUUCAUGUUAACCAGGCAAAACAGAUGCUCUAUGAUUAUGUUGAAAGAAAACGGAAGGAAAAUUCAGGAGCCCAACUGCAUGUCACCUAUUUGGUGUCUGGUAGUCUCAUUCAAAAUGGACAUUCUUGCCACAAGGUUGCAGUAGUGAGAGAAGAUGAUUUGGAAGCAGUGAAGUCCAAGCUAGUUGUGACUGCCAGCAUCCAUGUGUACAGCAUCCAGAAAGCUAUGCUAAAGGACAGUGGGCCUCUGUUCAAUACCGACUAUGACAUCCUUAAAAGCAACUUGCAGAACUGCAGCAAGUUUAGUGCGAUACAGUGUGCAGCAGCAGUCCCAAGGGCUCCUGCAGAAUCCUCAGCUUCCAGAAAGUUUGAGCAGUCAGAUCUUCAGGCAUCAAGUGAGACAUAUGUCAAUAGUGAGCCAACCACCAAUGGUCAUGGCCCACUUGCUUCUAAACAGGUUUCCCAGCAGCCCAAAGGAAUUAUGGGAAUGUUUGCCUCCAAAGCUGCUACUAAAAUGCAAGAUACCAACAAGGAAACCAAAACAGAGGCUAAAGAAGUAACAAAUGCAUCUUCAGCAAGCAGCAAAGCACCAGCAAAAGGGAAUGUGAUGAGCAAUUUUUUUGGAAAAGCUGCUAUGAAUAAAUUUAAAGUCAACUUGGAAUCAGAGCAAGCAGUGAAAGAAGAAAAAAUAGUGCAGCAACCUCCAGUGUCUGUCACUGAACCAAAGCUGGGAGCUCCCGCUGGUCGAAGAAAGGCAGUUUUUGGUCAA